GUGCUCGCCGGCGCGGGGGCGUUCCCGGCGGGAGGGCUGCGGAGCGCUAUGGAGCACGUGACGGAGGGUUCCUGGGGGUCCCUGCCCGUGCCCCUGCACCCGCGGGUGCUGGGUGCGCUGCGGGAGCUGGGUUUCUCGUCCAUGACGCCGGUGCAGUCUGCAACCAUCCCUCUGUUCAUGAGAAAUAAAGACGUCGCUGCAGAAGCGGUCACAGGUAGUGGCAAAACGCUGGCCUUUGUCAUCCCCAUCCUGGAAAUUCUUCUGAGAAGGGAAGAGAAGUUAAAAAAGAGUCAGGUGGGAGCCAUAAUCAUCACCCCAACUCGAGAGCUGGCCAUUCAAAUCGAUGAGGUCCUGUCGCAUUUCACGAAGCACUUCCCACAGUUCAGCCAGAUUCUUUGGAUUGGAGGCAGGAACCCUGGAGAAGAUGUCGAGAGGUUCAGGCGACAAGGGGGAAAUAUCAUAGUGGCGACUCCAGGUCGCCUGGAGGACAUGUUCCGGAGGAAGAGUGAGGGCUUGGACCUUGUCAGCUGUGUGAAGUCCCUGGAUGUCCUGGUGCUGGAUGAGGCAGACAGACUUCUGGACAUGGGAUUUGAAGCAAGCAUAAACACCAUUCUGGAGUUUUUGCCAAAGCAGAGGAGGACGGGCCUUUUCUCUGCCACACAGACACAGGAAGUGGAGAACUUGGUGAGAGCAGGCCUCCGGAACCCUGUCCGCAUCUCAGUGAAGGAGAAGGGUGUGGCGGCCAGCAGCACCCAGAAGACCCCCUCCCGCCUGGAGAACUACUACAUGGUGUGUAAGGCAGAUGAGAAAUUUAAUCAGUUAGUGCAUUUUCUUCGAAAUCAUAAACAGGAGAAACAUCUGGUCUUCUUCAGCACCUGCGCCUGUGUGGAAUACUAUGGCAAGGCUCUGGAGGCCCUUAUGAAGAACGUGAAGAUAAUGUGCAUUCAUGGAAAGAUGAAACACAAGCGCAACAAGAUCUUCAUGGAGUUCCGCAAGUUGCGGGGUGGGAUUUUGGUGUGCACUGACGUGAUGGCGCGGGGGAUCGACAUUCCUGAAGUGAACUGGGUUUUGCAGUAUGACCCUCCCAGCAACGCCAGUGCCUUUGUCCAUCGCUGUGGCCGCACAGCCCGCAUUGGCCAUGGGGGCAGCGCCCUGGUGUUUCUCCUGCCCAUGGAAGAGUCGUACGUCAAUUUCCUGGCAAUUAACCAAAAAUGCCCCCUGGAGGAGAUGAAACUUCAGAAGAACACAGUGGACCUGCUGCCCAAGCUCAGGGCCCUGGCCCUGGCCGACAGAGCGGUGUUUGAAAAGGGCAUGAAAGCCUUUGUGUCCUGUGUCCAGGCCUACGCAAAGCAUGAGUGCAGCCUCAUCUUCAGAUUGAAGGAUCUUGAUUUUGCUAGUCUUGCUCGAGGUUUCGCCCUGCUGAGGAUGCCUAAGAUGCCAGAACUGAGAGGAAAGCAAUUUCCAGAUUUUGUGCCUGUGGACAUUAAUACAGACACGAUUCCAUUUAAAGAUAAAGCUAGAGAAAAGCAGAGGCAGAAACUACUGGAGGAACAAAGAAAAGAGAAAAUGGAAAAUGAAGGGAGAAGAAAAUUCAUGAAAAAUAAAGCUUGGUCGAAGCAGAAGGCCAAAAAGGAAAGGAAGAAAAAGAUGAAUGAAAAAAGGAAAAGGGAAGAGGGUUCUGAUAUCGAAGACGAGGAUAUGGAGGAACUUCUUAAUGACACAAGGCUCUUGAAAAAGUUUAAGAAAGGCAAAAUUACUGAAGAACAACUUGAGAAGGGGUUGUUGACAAGUGGCAAAAGAAGAGCCACAACAGCAGAUUUGGAGAUGUCAGAUUUGGACGAUGACUGCUGAUUCCAAUGCCUUAGGUGAAGCACAGGUGGGCACAAGUGGCCCCUCACUCAGGGGACACUGAGAAGAGUCCAUCCUGGAAGCUAUUCUUUCAGACUGGGAAGCAAUGAGGGGAUUUCUCACUUGGGAAUACUUCACUCAGAGCACACUAGUCUUGAAGAAAAUCUGAGUGUAAAUAAUAGAUGUCAGUGUUUAUUUUGGUGAGUCACCUGUAGCUAAAGAGCGUUUUUUCCCCUAAGGUUAUUUUUGUAAAUAUUUUUUUUAACAGAUACCGAAGUGUACUUAGGAACUUUAAAAAACCUAAAUAAAGUCAAGUAUAGCUUGGUA